AUGGCUCAGUCGGGGGACCAGGUCACCGAUCAGAUCGCGCAGCUGAAUGCUGCCCGUAAUCUCGUCCUAGGAGACGCCGCUUUUUAUCCUCAGAUCGUCAACGGAGUCCUUCCGAUUAUUGGUGCGCACGCGCGAGUGGAAUUGCGACGAUGGGGAACCGAGUUCCUGGCCGAGACGUUCGCCAGUCCAGCGUUCGCUACGGCCCCGAAGGAACAGUUGGCGAUCAAUGUGUUGCAGACGGUACGGAGCAUAUUGGAACUGCCAGAAGGGGAUCAAUUGGUCUUGCAGAAUAUUACCCAGACAGCCGCCAGUCUAUAUCCCCUGGUUUUUAGGCAUAUCAUCAACCAUCCGGAAGACAAGCAAUCCUGGGAGCAUAUCGAAGCAAUCAAACAGGAUCUCCUGCGAAGGUGGGACUCGUUCCCAUGCCCCGUCAAAGUUUGCUGCAUCAAAUUCGCCCAACGGGUCGUCCUCACACAAACGCAUGGCCCGAUAGCGGACCCCAGGCGACCCGACAAGAAUGAAACAUCCCUAGCGAUAGUUCCUCGAAACCACGCCAUUCUCUCUCUCCCCAAUCUAGAAGCAGAAUCCUCCGGGCUAUUAGAUAGGAUCCUAUCCAUUUUCCAGGAAGACGCAAGUGAUCCCGUCCUUGUGAAUGCGACGUUGAACUGCCUAGCAGUCGUCAUCCGAACGCGACAGUCCAUUGGCAACAAGAUCAUCAAUGCUAUCCUUAACUUCUUUCCCGCACGACACAUGCGCUUGCCGGUGACACCUGCGGUCCGAAUCGGAGUCAAAUCUAUGGAAAGGACAGCUCGGGCUGUAUUUAUAAAUAUUAUGAAGAGGAAUCCGAGCCACCCUCUCGCGGGUAAGAUGCAGCAACAUAUUGAGCGACUCAUGCAAUCCCGCAUAGAGCAAGUUGAUGAUACCUCACGGAAACGAGGAUUGCCGACUGAACCAACUGAUGGCUUGGAUGCCGCUAAACGGGCAAGGCUUGAUGCUGAGACACCACCAAUCAUCAAAGUGCCACCUCUUCCCCCAGGUCGGAUCAGCUUUGCCCAGCUGUUUACUCUAACUGAGGACUCUGGCCUCUCUUCGUUCGAUGUGAAACAGUUACCCGCGGACCUCGUAGUCAAGAUCGCUGUGCCUUUAUUAGCGCGAGUGGACCAGUCACUAUUGGGCCAGGCUGUUGAUGCUAUCCGGAUGCGAUACCAAACAGUUCAGAAGCAACAAAUGACCCAACCGCAGCUGGCCGCUGAGGAAGACGAUGAUGACUACGAGCCUGAAUACCAGCCUAUGGACAUUCCAGCGUCAGCGGCGGACGAAACUGGGGCGGUAUUAGCUGCUGUGCAAGAGGAGCAGACUGAUCUCGUGUCUUUGGGACCAUUUGUUUUGCCACGUCCCCCUCCUCUGACUGAGGAGCAAGCAGCGGAAGCCGGCCGAAGUGCCGUGGCAAGAGUCUUCGGCAUGUUAGGGUCAACUACGUUGACCCCGAAUCCCGUAAAAGGUCAGGGGCAACGACUGGGUUUCUCCAGAUUGGCAGGUAGCACAUUCGAUCGUGACGCAUGGGUAACUUUACUCACCCGGCUUGCAACUCGAGCUCCGGCUGGGUUAGAGGGACCGAAGCAGGAAACAGACAGUUUGGGCAGGAAGAAGCCCACGAUAUCAGAUACAAUACGAGAAUCUCUCUAUCGCUAUAUACUUGAAGACUUCCGGGGCCGAGUCAACAUUGGCAUUAUGUGGCUGAACGAGGAGUGGUAUAACGACCGCCUUCAGAUGAAGGUUGCUUCUUCUAAUCGAACCGACGAAGAUGAGGAGAUUUCGGUGCCGCUGCAUUACGAUCAUUGGGUCCUGCGGCUACUGGACGGGUUCUUACCGUACCUGGACUCUCGCGAUAAUAAAGUCUUCAUUAGAUUUCUAAGUGAAAUCCCCGAAGUGACGAUCCACAUCGCCAAACGCAUCGCUAGUCUUGCUAAGGACCCGGAGAGAGUAAACCUCUGCGUUCAAUCCUUUAUGUACCUGAUAAUGUUCCGCCCUCCAGCACGAGAAAUCUGUCUCGAUGCCCUAGAGGAAGUUUAUCAAAAUUAUGAGGAAUCCCGUCCUUCCGCUGGUAAGGUCCUGUCUCGAUGGCGGCCGCAAAGAGUUGAACAGCUCCAAGCCGAGCAAACAACCCUAGUCAACCGCACAGUCGAUAACACAACAAUCACAAACGGUUCCAGAGACCCAAGAACCGCACACGUUGCAGCUUCCUGA